AUGUCUGAACAACGAAUGCUACCUCUUCCAGGAGCACCGUCUGCCUCAUGGGCACGUUUUCGUGCGCAGCUUGGUACAUUGUUCCAAGGAGCGGAUCCAAAGGUUUGCGUGGCAUUCUGGCUGUUUGGUCUUAUCAACAACGUCCUCUAUGUCAUCAUUUUAUCUGCCGCCCUAGACCUCGUCGGGCCCAAUGUCCCAAAAGGCGUCGUACUGCUCGCUGAUGUUCUUCCGUCCUUCGGAACGAAACUCGUUGCUCCCUACUUCAUCCACGCAAUCCCAUACUCCGUACGGAUCGUAAUUUGCGUCUUCCUCUCCGCGCUUGGUAUGCUCGUGGUGGCGUUAAGCCCAGCAUAUGUCGAUGGCGGCACGAUAUCGACUAAGCUCGCGGGAAUUGUUUUGGCGAGUUUGUCAAGCGGUAUGGGAGAGUUGAGCUUUGUUGGACUGACGCAUUUUUACGGCCCAUUUAGCCUCGCGGCUUGGGGGAGCGGUACGGGAGCUGCUGGGCUGAUCGGGGCCGGUGCAUAUGCGCUGGCGACGACAUCCUUGGGUCUGCAGGUGAAAACGACUUUGCUAACAUCCGCUUUUUUGCCGGCUGUUUUGGCUGUCAGCUUUUUCAUGAUAUUACCCAGAUCGCCGAUGCGCGCCGGAAGUGGGGAUGGGGAGCUACAUGCGAAUGAUAGUGCAUUUGACGAUGAUGGUUUCGAAGAAAGGGAAGGCCUACUUGGGUCAUCCAUCCAUUCCACGGGAAGUCUCAAAAGCGCACACUCUCGAGGACGUUUAUGGCAAAGCUUGAAAUCGAACCUGCGACGCGCGCAGGGGCUCUUCUUCCCUUUUAUGCUACCGCUCCUCCUCGUGUACAUUGCGGAAUAUACUAUCAAUCAGGGAGUAUCUCCGACAUUACUCUUUCCAUUGGAAGAGUCGCCUUUCGAAAAUUUCCGGUCAUUUUAUCCCGCGUAUAACGCGAUAUACCAGGUCGGAGUCUUCAUCUCUCGCUCGUCUACUCCCUUUUUCCGCGUACAUGACCUCUACACUCCGUCAUUCCUGCAAGUCAUCAAUCUAGUGGUGCUGACGCUGCACUCCAUGUUUGAUUUCAUUCCCAGCAUCUACCUCGUUUUCAUUGUGGUUUUCUGGGAGGGCCUCCUAGGAGGCCUGGUUUAUGUCAAUACGUUUGCAGAAAUUGGCGACCGAGUGCCCCGAGAGGACCGCGAAUUCUCGCUCGGGGCUACCACCGUCAGCGAUUCGGGAGGCAUUUGUAUUGCCGGAUUUCUUGGAAUGGUGUUUGAAGUCUGGCUGUGCGAUUGGCAGGUUUCGCGAGGGAGGGACUUUUGUCGAAGAACCUGA